GAUCACCCGAUAAAGAGAACCAAUCAGCAUGGCUACGAAGCGUACAUCGGAUGAUCAAAGUUCAUCCGACAUGGCUAGUGAAAAGAAGCAGAAGCAAGUUCGAGUGUGGGUUGAUGGCUGUUUCGACAUGGUUCAUUUUGGCCAUGCCAAUGCUAUUCGACAGGCCAAACAAAUGGGGGAUUACCUGAUUGUUGGAGUUCACUCAGACGCGGAAAUUUCCAAACACAAGGGCCCGCCUGUGUACAAUGAAAAAGAGAGAUACAAGAUGGUGCGAGCCAUUAAGUGGGUGGAUGAGGUUGUAGAAGAUGCUCCAUAUGUGACAACCCUAGAAACACUGGAAAAAUACAACUGUGACUUUUGUGUACAUGGAGAUGACAUCACAGUGACAGCUGAUGGAACAGAUACGUACCACCUGGUCAAGGCAGCUGGAAAAUACAAAGAAUGCAAGAGAACAGCUGGUGUAUCCACAACCGAUCUUGUUGGAAGGAUGUUACUGGUGACAAAAACUCACCAUGAAAGAGAUGAAGAAAAACCUGUAGACAAGGCCCAGGCAGGGGACAUUGGAUCAGGUAGUAAAGGUACAAGCCCCUGGACUGGUGUAUCACAGUUCUUACCAACCUCCAAUAAAAUCAUCCAGUUCUCCUCAGGAAAGGAACCCAAACCUGGGGAUAGAAUUGUCUACGUUGCUGGAGCUUAUGAUCUUUUUCAUGUAGGUCAUUUAGAUUUCCUUGAGAAAGUUAAAGAGGAAGGAGAUUUUGUUAUAGUUGGCCUUCACACAGACCCUGUUGUGAAUAGAUACAAAGGAUCUAAUUUCCCUAUCAUGAAUUUACAUGAGAGAACAUUAAGUGUUCUAGCUUGUCGGUAUGUUUCAGAAGUUGUAAUAGGAGCUCCCUAUGCUGUGACAUCUGACCUCAUGGAUCAUUUCAAGGUUGAUCUUGUCUGUCAUGGACAAACUCCCAUCAUGCCUGAUAUUGAUGGAGCUGAUCCUUAUGCUGAACCUAAACGUAGAAAUAAAUUCAAGCUUUUGGAUAGCCAGUGUGAACUUACAACUCAAAUGAUUAUAGACAGGAUCAUUUCUCAUAGAUUGCUAUAUCAGUCUCGAAACAAGAAAAAACAAGACAAAGAACUGAAGAUUUUGGCCAUGUUGGAAAAGCAAACCAGUGGAUAGAAGCUUAUUCUUAGGAAUUAAAAUGACCAAUAGGAUUUUAAAAUGAAGUGACGUAGAUGUGUGCAUAGUUUCAUUAAGAUUUUACUAUAGACUUGCAAUUUUAUAAUUUCAAGGUCCUGUUCUAGAGGACUAUAACUUUUCUCAUCUAUAAAUGCAUGUAUUGUAUUACAUUUAAAAAGGAAUUUAUAUCUAUGUCAUGCACAAUGUUCCGGGUGGAAAUUUCAUUGAUUUUUUCUUCUUAAGAACUUCAUACUUAUAAUUAAUUUCUCUCCCUGUCUUAUUCUUGGUAACAAUACCAUUUACCUCACCUGUAAAACUUAACAAUCCAUUUCCUUCCUGUUUUAUUUUUAGUAACAAUACCAUUUCCUUACCAAAAAUAUCUGAUGGCUCACAAAAUUAUAUGGAGUAAAAAAAACAAAACCAUCAAAACCAUUUAAUUGACAAGAUAGACCUCUGUUUUAAAUCAUUAUGUGUGACUGUUGUCAAGAUUAAUUAAUUUUGACAUCAUUCUUUUCUUCUGUGAUCCGAACUUAUUUAUAUUGUUUUGUAUUUAAAACAAGUCAUUAUUUGAUUAGCAUUUUCAUUUCCAAAUACAUGUGCAAGACUAUUGCAUUCUUUUCUGCUUUAUUGUCAUAUAGCUGCUUCAUUGUUUAUGUGUCUCUGGAACACAAUGUAAUGAAGAGCCAUAUAUGGCAAACAAAUUUUUCUCAAUCCAAGGAGAUUCUAAUUCAGUAUUUAUGUGCUUGUACAAAGGUACUCCCUUUCCCUUGUAUAUCAUUUUUUACUUUUUGCAAAAUGUGAAGUAUUUUUCAAUCAUUUUUGGAUUGAAACAGAUGGAUUUCUUUCAGAGUGGAUACUGGCAUCAGACAAGGAUGCCCUUUUGUAUUUGUUUAUUUUUUUUUUCAUUAUAUUAGCUAACAUCUUGCACAUGUAUAAGGCCAUCUUUAAAAUAAUGUAUGCUUGCCCUCUCCUGAAUCAGGAUAAAAAAAAUUGAGUCAGUAGGUAGGUGGGAAAUUUUUUUCCCCCAGAUUUUCAGUAUCAAUCCUAAACUUUCAAAAUCUGCUAAAAUUGAAGAUAUUGAUACAAUAAAAUAGUUGUUGAUGGAAUGGGAAAAUUUCAGAAUAAAUUUUUUUAAAAAAAUUUAUCGUUUCCUGUAGGUUAAAAAAAGCUUCGAGUCAGACCUUUUUUAGGCAGUCGGUUAGGAGAGGGCAAACAAACAAUUUUUUAAAGAUUGCCAUAGCUGUUUGUUUUACUGUGUUAAAUUAUUCCCCAACUAUUUUUAGUAUACAUGUAUAUUGUAUAUACAUAUAUAGACUGCUGUGUUAUAUUUUUACUCUAAUUCAUAAGGGCUUGUGAUAUAAUCCUUGGCACAUAUAUGUGUCAGUGCAGUUUUUUAAGUUUAAGCUUUAUGUAUAUUAACAGAAAUUUUGUACAUAUGUAUUUAAAAUUAUUUUUUUCACAAUCUUUAUUAUUCAAUUAAAUUACAGUGUCCAUUCCUUAUUUUAUUACAUUGUGUAUUUAUUUGUUGUAGUAGUCAACUAAAACAGUCACUAGUACUUCAUACAUGUAUAUGUGUUAUGUACAAUAUGUGUGAUUUCUUUAAGAAAUCCAGUAACUGUUCACUUUCUAUUCACAAAAAAAAAAAAAACAUUACCUGUACAUCUAAGAAAUUUUUAUGCAAGUGUUAAAUUUCAUAUUUUAGUUCAAACAUUUUGGAAAUGUGCUCUGUUAUGAACAAAUAUAUUUUUAUUUGCAUAAUAUACAUGUAAUUGUACAAUAUCAAAUUUUGUGAAAGUAAAUAUUAGAGACUUUGUUUCUAUUUUUUGUUCUUAAAAGUGAACAUGUAGUCCUUGAUUUUGUCUGUCUUGUUUGUCUGUGUUGGUCAAAAGCUCUAAGAGAGCUUAUGUUUAUUGUUUUUACAAAUUCAACUUCAAAUAAAAUUUUUAAUUUUGAUUCGUACAUGAAAUAAAGUAAACUAUUUGUUACUAUUCUUAAAAAAAUACUAUGACAAGAAAAUUUUGAAUAAUUUCUAUGUGAACAUUGAGAUAUCAUGCGUAAAAAUAAUAAAGACCUAGGAUGACCACACGAAGUACUGUUCAGGCAAAAAGAUGAAAUAUUCUAGACACAGCUAAGUAUUUGAAUCUUGGAAAUGCCUGCAUUUGACUCCGCCCAUAUCUAUUUCUGUAAAUAGUGACUCACACAUUUUCUUUGAUAAUAUAGAGGAUGUCUGCAUGUAACAUAGUAUGUUCACUCCUCAAGAAAGAUUAAUAUUCAUCAAAGAGCUUAUUUCUUAAUUAGUGUUGGAAACACAUGUAGAUUAUAUUUUUAAAGGUUCAUAUUUAGAGCAAUCUAAUGAAUUGUAUUUGGAGGGAGUUGUUUA